AUGAAGUGGAUCUGUGCAGUUCUCGUGGGUGCAGCGGGCGUGUAUGGCCAAACCGCCGGAGUGCCCGGUACGAUCAACGUUGGCAACGGUCAAUCUGUCGCUACAUUCCCCUCGGGACUGGGAGGGCUUUCGACGGGUACCACAGCGGUGUUCACUCCGGGUGCGGCAUCGUCGGCUUCGGGAUCGCCGUACUACGUGGCGACGGAUGCUGCACAGUCGUCGACGCUCGCUUCGCUCAACACGCACUACUCGCAGGGCAUCUCGGCUGCCACCCCCACAACAGGCCCCCCCACCGGCAUCUCCACUGGCAUUCCCGGAGGUUUCACCGGAACCAACACGGUUUCGAUUCUAGACGGUCAGAUCACGACUAUUCCCAAUGCCGCAACUACCUAUACGGGACCAAGAUCCACCACCGCCUCGGCUGCAGGUGCUUCCAGCAAUGCUCUGGCCAAUUUCGAUACCAAGCCACUCACUGCUAUGGCAGCAAUGUCAUUCGUCGCCGUAGCUGCGGCUGCCUACAUGCUCUAA